GCUUCUGCUCCGGAAAUUAGAACAGGAUGAGGUGCUUCCCUUGGUUCAUCAAAUGGUGCUUUCCCCUUUUUUGGAUCGGCCUACUAAUACCAUUUGUCAAUUCAUCGUUGACCACUCAAACGCCAAAUCCCACGCAGUUGCCAACACCUCACACUUUCCGCUUCCAAAAUCCGCUGCAGUGCCUCAAGAACGAGUUCUACAACCUCAACCUAUUUGAUUGUGUGCCCUGCAAUGAGGUCGCAACUGGAGCCGGGGGUCUCGGAAAACUGCAGCCCGACAAGUUCUCUUGCAAGUGCCCGCCUGGUCACUUAUCCAUCUAUGAGCGUGGAAAGACGUGGCCCACCUGUGAUGAGAUCUGCACCCCGGACAGAAGCGACAAUUGCACCUCGGUGUGGCUUCCCCAGCCUCGACCCUCGGAUCAGUGCAGUUAUCGAUACCUGAACUCCACGUCGGUCUUUGCCAGCCAGUUGCCAGUGCAUCCGAUUAUUUCUGGGAUUAUCCUGACCAAGACGAAUCCUGUGAGCAGUGUGGGCGAUUGUCACUCUUGCGAUAUGGUUCAUAAUUUCCGCUAUAAGGAUUUCUGCGUGGCUAGCACUCUGUUGCGGCCGUAUCUGCACUACAAUGCCUUUUGGCAGGCUACUACCCCUUCCAGGCCGGAUGCAAAUACACCAAGCCACUUUGGGGACCUCAAGUUCGUGGUCUUCUUUUGCCUGACUCUGCGAAACGAUACCGCCUGCCAAGAGCUGGCUAAUCUCUGUGUCCUCUCACACUUUUCUCUGGAGAAACACUCGCCGUGCAGCGCCUUUCUACUCACACAGGUUUCAGAUGUAGUGAUGAAGUAUGCUCACUCCGGCGAACAGGUGCGCUCCCUACAGCCGUUUCUCUUCUACAAGAAGGGUCGUGUUACCAAGGAAUUGCUUUCGAAAACCCUUCAGCUGCCGGAUCGAAAGGAACUGCGCCUUUUUAGCACCACGAUUAGCUUGAAUGGUGACCUCAAGCGGUGGGGUGCCUUCCAACCGGAGAUGCUGAACAUGUGCCAGCAGCCGGCGCCAAGUCUGAGAUUGGCUUUGCCAAAGAAGGAGUCGGAGGUUUACUGCCAGUUGACCCUGGAGCGACUUAUUGACUUGGCCAACCAGCAGGCCAACGACGAGUAUAUUUCAGUUUUUCUUAACUUCAGUAGCAACUGGCAGUUUCUGCUUCACCAGCUGCCUGUUCUUAUUGAGACUCUUACGCCGGAGAAUCAGCGUCCUCAUCAGGAGGAGUGGCAGUUGGUAAAGCGAUUCCAGUUGAUCUCCGCGUCUCCGCGGGAUAAUCGACUCCACCACACACUGCCACGCUAUGAGGAUGCUCACAAGCUUCAGCAAUAUUACUCAUUACGUUAUGCGAAGGACAUAGAACUUCAUUAUACUUUGGACAAGGAUCAGCCGGAUAGAGUGGGUCUGCCGCUCAUCCGUCUUCGCUAUCACCACAUUGAUAUAGGACCGGGGAAUGCCUCGCUUGCCCAAUUGUAUCCAUUCCGAUUGAAGAUUACUUACGAGCAAGUAAAACGAGAUUGGGACUUCUUGAUCUUGGAAGUGGCGCUGCCCCUGCUUUUCUUGUUGGCUUUCGCAGCUGCAGUUUUCCGUCUUCAGAAUCUUCGAAGAAGGAGGAAAACGGAUCUGUGUCAGAUUAGCAGCCUAAUGGAGUUUCUCCUGCAACUCGCAGGGAAUUUGGCAUGUGCAUUGCUAGCCACUGCUCUGCUCCUCCUGUUGCUGCAAACCUCCCAUUUACGCCUGCUAAAGAUCCUUCUCUAUCCUGCCUUUCUCCUACAGUUUGUAUUCCUGGGCAUUAAGCUAUGGCGCUCCAGCCAGCUUGAACUGUUCCUCAUAGACUGGGAAAGGCCGCGGAGCAGCUGCGAGGGACAGCGGCUGAACCUGGACAGCUCCUCGCUCUGUUCUAGCGUACGCACCUUCGUAGCUGAAAGCAGCGUCUCCGCUUGGAGGGUUCUUUUUACGGCCAAUGCCUGGAUUCGCCUAAGUGUGAGUCAGAAGUACUCCACUUUGGGUCAGGUGUUUGUAGUCGUAGCUGGGUAUCAGUUCCUGGAGAGAUUUACUAGGGGCGACCUUGUCCUGCGCUGCUGCUUGAUAUCAGCCGUUUAUGUGCUCACUUAUCUGCUUCAAAUUAUAGGCCACAAUCUUUUCAUGGCCAAUCCCCUCCAGAAAUUCAUUGAUCUUUGCAGUCUUGCCAACAUCUCUCUGUUUUCGCUAACUGAACCGGGUUUUGGCUACUACAUUCACGGACGAUCUCCACACGGCUUUGCUGAUACGGACAUGUCAUCUAUGAUUUUGCAACUUCAGAGAACCCAGAAUAUGUGUGGACGACGAGGAUUGCUCAUGGAUUCGGAUAAACAGUCGUACAUCAUUCUUCCUCCCAGGAAUCUUCACAUCUACUUGGAGCGACUUCUGCUGCCCUUUCAGCGAAGCCUCACCGGGAGCCUCUCGCAGACCCUUCUCUAUCAAAAGGACAUCGUUCCCAGCAUCGAUGGCCAAAUGGAGCGGACCUCCAUUGCAUAUGCAAGCGUCAAUCGGUUUUUCUGUGCCUUUAUAGAUCAUGCUAUCAAGGACAUGGAUUAUAUCAUUAAGGAGAAGUCAUUUUUGGAACAAAUGCUCAACUGCGAAAUUGAAAAUUAUAUAACGGAAAACAAAGGUACAUUUUACAUAGACGAUUCCUUCAGCUUCUCCCGUGUUCUCCUUUUGGGCAACCAUCUGAACAUCUUUGUGCUGGAAUUGCUACUGCUCCUAUCAAUCUUUCUGAUAACUUCAAACUUGCUGAUUGCAGCUGCGACGGCUUGUGUGUUUAAUUUAGUUCUGCGACAAAUUUUCCGCUAUUGGGUGCGUCGCAACGUCUCCCGAAAGACACUUAUAGAUGAAAGAUUCCUGUUGUAGCCCCAAAGCGAGGAGCAAUAUAUGC